AUGGAUUCGACAGGAAAACAAGGAUCCUCUAACGUACAACUCAGUAACCCCAGUGGUAUUUUCAUCGAUCAUUACGGCAACUUUUUCGUAGCUGACGAAGAUAAUGGUCGAGGAUCUGCUUUGAAUCAAUUGAAAGAACCAACGCACGUCUAUGUUGACGUAGUAGGAAAUCUGUUCAUCACUGAUCGAGGUAAUCUUCGAGUACAGAAAUGGUUCCCGGGCGGUUUAGAAGGCGUGACAGUUGCUUCCGGAAGAGUCUACUCGGGUCACUGCUUUCCAGGUCUUUCUGACAACAGAAAACAUGCUAACAAGAUUUAUUCAUCAGAAUCUAUCAGAGGAAGCGGUAGAAUCAUGAAGUAUCCUAUUGGUGGUGUCAGUAAUGUGUCUACGUACGCAACACUUCUUAGUUUUGUCAACAGCACCCCUGGUAAUGUUGUCUUGAAUGAAUGUAAUAGCGUCUAUGUCGUAGAAUCAUCGAAUGGAAACAUUUUGAAAUUCAGUAGUGGUAAUCCUACAGGAGAACAGAUUGCCACCAACUUAAUCAGCCCCAAUGAUAUUGCACUUGAUCCAUGCGGAAACCUUUACAUUGUUGGAAGAGACUUCAAUCGUGUUCAGAAACUUCGGUUUGAAGAAGGAGACCUUUUCUGCUAA